CGUCAGAGCAGCUUGGCUGGAGGAAAUGCAGCCUCCUCUGCAGUUCCCAGCCUUUUAAAAAGAUUAGGAGCCGUCCCUCCCAGAGCCCAAAUGCUGCGGAGUGUGGUCUGACCAAUGCACCGGCCUGCAAGCCACGCUGCAUGGACCCGGGGACUUUCGCACGCGCCGAGGAGCUGGAUGAAAGCACCAAGACCAUGGAGGGGCUCAUGGGGGCGGGCAGUUUUGCUGCAAGCCAGUGCAGGAAUCUGGUGGCUCACUCUGCCUUGGGAGGGCCCCCUCCUCCUGCCUUGAUGCAGGGCUCUACCUACGCCACCCUGGAUGCUCCCAGUGCAGGCCCCGGGGAUCCCUCCAAGCAAUGCAUUCCGUGCCCUGCUAUCCCCCAGAGUUCCUCCACCACCCCGCCUUUACCUUAUGGAUAUUUCGGCAGCGGUUAUUAUUCUUGUCGGGUUGCCAGGAGCUCGCUGAAACCUUGCCCCCAGUCCAGCUACUCUGCAGAGAAAUAUAUGGACACCCCAGCGCCGGCUGAUGACUACCAGACCCGACCGACAGAGCUGGCUUUCUACCCCGGCUACGCAGGCCCUUACCAGCCCAGGGCUAGCUACCUGGACGUUUCCGUAGUUCAGACCAUAGGUGGGCCAGGAGAGCCCAGGCACGAGACACUUUUACCCGUGGACAGUUACCACCAGCCGUGGGCUUUAACCAGCGGUUGGAACAGCCAGAUGUGUUGCCCCAAAGAUCAAAGCCAGGCUGGGCACUUCUGGAAAUCUGCCUUUGCAGAUGUGGGCCAGCCCCCGCCGGACGCCUGUUCCUUCCGCCGGGGUCGCAAGAAGAGGAUUCCCUACAGCAAGGGGCAGCUGAAGGAGCUGGAGAAGGAAUACGCCAGCAGCAAAUUCAUCACCAAGGACAAGAGGCGGAAGAUCGCCGCCGCCACCAACCUGACGGAGAGACAGAUCACCAUCUGGUUUCAGAACAGGCGGGUGAAAGAGAAAAAAGUGGUGGCCAAAGUCAAAGCGAGCAGUACCCCGUGAAGCAACAAGGACAACAACCCUGUCGUGACAACACAACCGCCCCUGCUCCGCUGUUGGAUCUGUGUGGGCCUGAGAUGUAAAGAAAAAACAAUGAGGGGGGGGGAUCAUCACUUGGAAAUUUGACUUAUCUGCACACACCCACCCCUGCCCCACGCCCGCCAGCUCCCUCCCAGGGAAUCCAGGCGAAGGACGCGCUUUUCGGUGCUUUAUCGCUAUGGCCUUGUUGUCGAUCCUUUCAUAAGUUAAACCCGCCUGUAAAUGCCGAUGGUUUAGGAAGACGCGACGU